AUGUUUCAGAAAUAUACUGGGCGAGUGUUGUGUUGAGUGCCAAUAUAAGCGAAAAAACUCGGCGGCAGCAGCUGAGUGGCACAUAAAAAGCAAAUAAAAGUGGAAGUGAAGAAAGAGGGGCGUACAGAGAUAGCUGGGAAAAAAAGUGAAAUAAAUUUACAUAAAUGCAAUUAAGGUGCAGUGAUGUGUGCUUAUCCGCUGGCUGGUUGAUAAAUGUCUGGCUGAAUUGAGCAAACGAGCAGUCGCUGAAAUAACCGGAAAAGCUUCCUCGCCCACCGCCCACUCGACCUCCAGAAUUACGUCGUCAUCGUCGCUGUGCUCUUCCGUUGCUGUCGUCGCAUCACCAGCAGCUAUUAUCGUUUUCCAAUAUACAUAUAUCCAUAGACGUACCUAGAUAAAUCUACACUCGCACACGCCCAUGUAUUCAACUGGUCGGAUUUGAGUCUUUAGUUCGAAAUUCUUCUGGAAGAACCAGGAAGGAAACCACCUGCAGCUCGAACGAGUUGAACUGAACUACAAAUAGCUUUUGCAGCAGCAGCAGCAGCAACAACAACAACAACAGCAACAGCAACAACAACAACAACAGCAACAACCAUCAACGACAUCGCCCGGUUUGCGAAAAGAUGUCCCUCAAUGGCAGAGAUCUGAUGAAGCAGCAUCAACCCCCGCCACCGGAGUACAACCACCAGAGCGUGCUGACGAUGCAGAAAUCGGUGACAAUCACGGUGACGCCACAGCGGAGCACCUCGAUGGAUUUGCUCAACUUCGAGGAGAAGCGGCAGCUGAUUGCGUCGUCGCUGUCGCUGUCGGACAUCCUGCACGUCAGUCCGGCGGCGGCCCAUGUGGCUAAGGAGGUGGCCGCCAGUACCGUGAUUGCUACCAAGAAACAGAACGGUGCCACCCUGCGGUCCAACAGUCUGAAUUCCGGCUCCCGGACGCCACCGCUGGAGCGGAAGAGCAAGUUCAGCGCCUUCGGGCGUUUCUUCAAGCCCUGGAAAUGGCGGAGAAAAAAGAAAAGCGAAAAGUUCGAGUCCACCUCCAAGUCUUUAGAGCGUAAAAUAUCAGUACGUGCCAAUCGCGAAGAACUUGUACAAAAAGGCAUUCUGCUGCCGGAGAGUCCCACGUCGGCGUUGUCCAUAGCCGCCAUUUGUAUCAGUCCCACGGAAUCGUUGACGUGGUCAACAUCAUCCCAUAGACAGCUACAAACCUUCCAUCAGCCGCCGAACCAUUAUCGAAGCCAAAACGAGGAACAAUAUACCAUCUACAACUCAGUGAACGGAACCAAUUCCUCCGUCCUGCCAAGUCUAGCCAACACGUCGGCAUCGUCGCUAGCGUCAGCGUCGUCAGCAGUAGUACCAAAUACUAAUAGCAUAACCAACAAUGUGCCUUUAUCACAAUCGGCUCAACAGAUUAGCAGCAACAUCAAUAGUAGCAACAUUAAUAGCAACAGCAUUAGCAGCAGUAGUAGUAGUGGCCCGCUGAGCUUAUCGGCGAUCCUGUCCGGGUCGCUCGGUGGUGGGCCGCCCCAGCCCGGAAGCGGACCGGGCAGUGGGGGCAACUCUGUGAUUGGUGCCAACAUGAUAAGCGGUGGAACGGCCGGGCAAGCCCUGGCCAGCAUACUGACCGGGAACACCGGCACCAGUAUAGGUGGUUCCGGUUCGGCAACCAGUGGAAUGAUGACCGGAGGUGGGCUAUCGCACUCGCAGUCCGCCCACCAGAUAGGGGUGCCGGGUAAUCCGAUGUCGCAGCACCAGGCCCUCCAGCAGCAGCUGCAGCAGCACUUUGCCAACGUUGCUAACAGCAGUAGUUUAGAACCAAGGAAAGAAAAGACUGACGUCCAGAGCGGUGCGAAUGGGUCGUGCUUGGAGCACUCGGCGGUCACUGGUGGCGGUCCAGCGACCAUCGAUGGGGGCCUCCAUCAACAGGCGCCGGUGCCGUUGGGUCAGCCCAAGCCGGAACGGCCCAAUUCUCUCGGGCCGACGACGAAGCUGUCCCGCCGAGUCGUCCGCUGCCGAACCGCUUGUCUUCAAGAUAAUCAACGGAAAACACCACCGCCAGCGUCCGUCGAAAACCAAUCCAAUCAGCACCCGCAUCUGUCCUCGUCGCAGCAAUCGUCCCAUCCGACGUUGCAGCAGCAGCAGCAACACUCUGCCCUAGCAGCGGCUGCAGCCGCCGCGGCCGUCGCCCAGCAGCAGCAGCAACAGCAGUCGUCCCAACUGCCAUCCCAACUGGGGCUAUCAGCCGCCCAGCAGCACCAGUUGGCGCUGAACCGGCAGAUCCAGCAGCAUGGCGGCGCGGGAGGAAUGCAUCAGCACCACCACCAUCACCCGAAUCACAUCAUGCUGUCGGAGCUGCCGGAACCGCCGAUACCGGUGUCCGAGAUUGGACCCAUCCCGCCGCCGCCAAUGUUUUCAACACCAAGUCCGACCCUGAUCGGGGGACGGCCACACCAACAGCAACAACAUCAACAGCAGCAACAGCAGAUGCAGCAGCAACAUCAGCAACAGCAGCAGCAUCAGCAUUCGCACCAGCAUGGUCCCAAUGUGCAUUCCACUACUACUAGUAACAGUAGCAAUAAUAGUAUUAGCGCGAGUAAUAUUAUCCCGUUAGAUAUGAACGAUUACGAUUACGACGAUCAUGAAAACAAUGAUCACGACGAGCUCGACUCGGACGAGGAGUACAUGUACACAAUGUCGCAACCAAAUCCCAACAUCGAUACCAACCGUAUCGAAGAGAUCCCUGCGAAGGAGCCCAAAUUCAACGCAGUGCCAUUGAAAUCAGCUUUAAAGAAGAAGGGUUCCAACCCGGGGACGCCCACCCAGGACAACCGUGCGCUGACGGUGCGCUACGACAACAAUCCUACCGCGACGAUCAAGCCAGUUUUACGACCACGGAUUAGAAUAUGCGCGCGACCCAUGCGUUUCCAGAUCGGCCUACCGAGUACGAUCGAGAACAAAGAGAACACCCGGCCGUACGUGAUCCGCGAGAGCGACAACGACGACCAUAACGAUGGCCCCAUAUGCUACCGGGAAGACGACACCGAUCGAGCGGCCAAGAUCGCCCGCCGGGAGAGCCUCUCGAUCAAGCUGGCGCUGCGGCCGGACCGGCAGGAGCUGAUCAAUCGCAACAUACUGCAGCUGCAGUCGGACAACGAAAAGCAGGAAUCGAAGGAAGCCAUCGGGGCCCGGUUGAUCCGGCGGCUAUCGAUGCGGCCUACCGCGGAGGAGCUGGUCGAGAGGAAUAUCCUGAAGACGCAAACUCCCGCGGAAGAGAAGAAACAGAAGGAGGAGAAGAAACGCUACCUGCUGCGAAAGCUGAGCUUCCGACCCACCGUGGACGAGUUGAAGGAGAAGAAGAUCAUCCGCUUCAACGAUUACAUCGAGGUGACCCAGGCGCACGACUACGACCGGCGGGCGGAUAAGCCGUGGACGCGGCUCACCCCCAAGGACAAGGCCGCCAUCCGGAAGGAAUUGAACGAGUUCAAAAGCUCCGAGAUGGCCGUGCACGAAGGCAGUCGACAUCUUACCAGGUUUCAUAGGCCAUGACAGAUGCAAUGCAGGAUUAAACAGAGACAUUUUGCCGUUCAUUACUUUACCUUUCUCAUUAAGAAUUACUACAACAAACAUUUGAUUGUGUACAUAUAAAUCCAAAACACACACCACAUACACACAUACAUCAGGAACAAUUUGUAACCAGAGCUCAGCAGUAGCAGGAACAACUCAUGUAACACAUAGCUUAUCCAGAGCAUCAUCAAUCACUAUCACGCUGCAGUUUGUAAAACACAGUGAUGGAGGCAUCCUUAUCCUGCAUUCCCUGGUCUCCCCCUACACGGAGAGGACGAGUGCUGGUAGCGGAGGUUCCUUUUCCAAAGGAGGAGAAGCAGCUGUUGAAUUGUCUACUGUUAGAGUCACCUUCCCUUCUGAAUACAAUUUCAUUGGUUCUUGGACCUUGACGCCCUUGAAUUGGUAGAAUCAAUCCAAGAAAUUAUGUUUUUCGAAGAACAACAUCAGACAAAAUUCAAAACAUAGCAACGUAUUAACAUCUCAACAGCAAUUUAUACAAGUUCGAUUGUAGAGCAUCGGAGGGAAGAAGCAAAAACAACACUGACAUAUUAGAACAGUAAUCAGAAGAAUACGCGCAGUAAGCGCGAGGUAAACUACAAAACACAACACAUGUUUCAAUAACGAGAAAAUUAAAGGAAACCUUUAAAAAAAUAAAUAUAAAAAUAAUAAUACUGUGAUAAUGUUGACGUUAUUAGAAUGUUACCGAGGCGACAAAAAAAAAGAAACAAGCAAAAAACACGAUAAAACAAAAAAAAUACAUUGGGUUCGAAAGAGAGCAAAAAAAAGGAGAAAAGCGCAUAAAAAAUAUUCGAAUUUCUAUUUGAAAUAGGAACAAAGUGCGUGGUUGUGGAACAUCUGUGCGUCGCGGUACAAAUCGAAUCCUAAUGCAAUGCAGCAUGACGGUCGUCAAAGGGUGUUAUCGAUCAUUUAGUAAUCCGCGUUCGUUCAUUUAGUAGUUUGUCGAUAAUUCAUUCCAGAGGAUUAAUUUCAAAAUGUGUUGUAUGGUGAACUUCUUAAAUUCCACCGUUGAAGGAGUUACAGCGCUAGUUGCAGUAACUUAUACCAAAUGAUAACAAAAUAUCAAUCAUUUAGUAUUAGCUACUGCUACUAGUUCUGUAGCUCCAUUAUUAGUAAAAUUCAAACAACGAACUGUUAGACAGAGUUGUAGAUAAACAUUUGUACUAGAAGUCCACCAUACAAAACAUUUUGAAAUUAACCUUCGGGGCUCGCGCCGUUGUAAAAAGUACAACAGGUUCGAAAAAAUAACGCUUCUCGUUCACAGCACAGCCGGGACUGCGUGAGCGGUCCAGGAUGAAGCGAGCCCCGGAAGGUUAAGCCUCUAGAAUGUGUUAUUGACAAACUACUAAAUGAUCGAACGCAGAUUACUAAAUGAUCGAUAAAAUCCCUGGAUCGCGGUUAGAUCCGACAGGAAAUAUUCUGCCGCUUCCGUUGCAUUGCAUUUUUGGGGUUUAAAUGGGGUAAUUGCUGUUUCCGAGAUUGACGAAGAAAGCAAUAUUGCACUGAUGAUAGUUCACUUUCUUGAUACAAGUCGAAAGAAACACCUGAUUUUUUGACUGCUGAAAUUAAAGCGAUUUUAAUGACUUUAGUAACUUUUUCGCCUUUCUAUUGAGCAGAAGCGGCUGGAAGAAUGUGAAAAACAGGAUAAUCCCGUUGAAAAAAAUCAAAGUAAACAUAAGCAAGUGUGUAAUUAUAAUGACCCUAAUCACAUUAUUUAUCAUAUUAUCAGUGCAAUAUUGAAGUGUAUUAUGCAAGUCGUUCUAUUCACCAUUCUGAACCAUACUGCAGUUUUAACUCAAACUCAAAACAUGACUCAUAUUUCAAACACUAGCGUUUUAGUGCCCUCAAACUAAAAUUUUCAACGGUUAGCCGUACGGAGGGUCAAAAUUACGAAUAAAUUCAAGAUCCUAUGAAACUAAUUUUUAAAGUUUUAAGUUUUAAAGGUUAAAAUGCAAGUAUUUUAAAUAUGGGUCAUGUUCGGGGUUUUGAACGUUAUUCGUUUUGCAUAAUAGGCCCGUGAACUUGUGAUCGGAAACGGAUCAGCAUAGUACCAUGUUGAAAUACGUAUAUAAUUGGAAACGGAACACGUGAUCUCCGCGAUCCGAUCGAAACGGUAUCUUGUAUUGUCACAAGAAGCUAAUACACAAUUCAAAAUCUAAUCCAAUAACAUUUGUAAUCCUGCAUGCUGUAAAGUGUAGUCGGUUUUGCGGAAUUUUCCAAACAAGCACUGAAUCUAAGCAAAACUCAACCUUUUUCUCAGCAUUAUUUCAAAAAAGCUAUUUCCCCCUACCUUAUGAUUGAUCCCCACCGCAAAAAAAAUCAGGGCACAGUGACAUUGAUACUGCUAACCGUCUUAAUACUACUCGAAUGGAUAAAUCAUCCUUUUUCAAAAAAUGUUUUUUUUUGUCUGUAUUAUAGAGACUAUUAGCCCGAGGCUGGUUCGUCUCUUGAAGAAAAUAAAAAAUACAGAGUUUUCAAUAAUAAUGGAAAAAUUAAAUUCAUGGUAAGGAUGCGCGAACCAGAAAAGUUCCGACUCAAAAUAUUACGGUGGUUUGAAUUAAUUUACAGUCGACUCUCUGCAUCUCGAUAUUCAAGGGAGGAGAUGUAGGGAGAGAGAGCGAGGAAAAACGACAAAUGUUAUUUUUUGGUGUUGAUGUCUUUGUUAUUGUCCAAAGAUGGUCUAGUCGCCUAGAAAUUUGAAUAUAGAUAUAGGGAGAGUGAAUCCUAAACCAGAUGUGAUCAGAACUUAAAGGCGCAAGGCGAUUUUUUUUAGAAAUCGUCGAAAAUAUUUUUAACGUAAGCACCCAUUAAAAUCAUUAACAUUAAACGUAUUUUCGGUUUGUUGUUUUGAAACAACAUUGCGCAUUUAAGGGUUAAGAUAGAGAGAUAUCGAGAUUGAGAGGUUUUCUAGAUGUAGAAAACAAAAAUGUACAUCCAAGGAACAAAUCCUACAAUAAUUGUAUAAAUUCUUCGCAUACACAAUUCUGCAAGGUUUUAGUACAAAAAAAUGUAAACUUUUUAUGCAGAUAUUGUGAGAUUUCAAUACAACGGUUGUAUUAAAAUCUUCCUAAAUUGUAUAUGCCAAAAUUUUAUACAAUUUCUGAAAGAUUGUUAUGCAGAACUGUUUUAAAAUCUGCCAUCCACUGGUUCAGUGUACGUGGUUUGAAAGGAUCGAGAAAACCAUCGACAUUGGGAGAGUUAUCGAGAAAUGGAACAUCGAAAUCUAGAGUGUCUACUUUAAUUUAACUACUUUUUCUUCCUGUUCGUUGUUUGGCUCAUUCGUUUUUGGGAUAAUCUUUUUGAAGUUCGGUGUCCAGUGGGUUCGUCAGUGUUCAUAGCCAGGUCGUUAUAUUUUAGUGAAGAGUUGGCAGUCUUUAAGGAAGUUAAUAAUGUUCCACUCAUUCACCAAGUUGUUUCGUAGGGCCGUUGUUGCGACGUUCGCAAUGUUGUUGGUUGUGGUUGAAAAUGUGACUUACCGAUAUUUGGCAUUUACAUGCCUCGCAAUGUAAUACCACUUGUUCGCGGCGGGAUGAUCAGACCACUUCUCGCUGGGUUAUAGAACCUUUACCAUCCGACAAAACGUUCUCUGCUGAUGUCAUCCUGUGGUCUAGUCAGAGAUGACUUCCUUCUUGCUCCAAUGCUUUGCAUCGCCGGCAAGAACCUCCCGGCUUAGGAAAGGGCUUCUUCAACCGAUCUUUACUAGGACAUCUACAUCUUCAAUUCCUCGGAUAACGCUGUAUCCGGGGACCAACAUUAGUGUGGUGUUGUUGUCUAGGGAAUGUCCGCAAAUUACGCAACGCUUAGAGGGGGAGGGGGUUGAGUGAAGUGUGACGAUCUACAAAAUUUUCAGAAGCUUCAUACAAAAAGUAUGACUUAGUAGUAGUAUUAGUUUCUCGUGAAGCACGGUGAACUGUUACAGUUCUCACAGAAGUUUUGAAUACUACGUUACGUGAAAAAGCCUUCUGCUUCUGAUUCGACCUUUUCUUUAUCGAUAAAAAAUACUUAAGGGGUCUUUCACAAAUUGCGUAACGCUGUAAGGGAAGGAAUUACAAUCCAUACCAGCGCACAGUGGCGGAAAGCCGGACAAAACCUUAAUUUUUUUUUCGUGAUUUUCGUGAAGCCCAUAUUUUUUUAUUUAACAUAUAUAUUGAAUGAGCUAGUUCCAAAAU